AUGCGCUCUUGCUUCAGCUUCCUCCUCAUCCUGCUCCUCGGGGUCGCCUCCCUCGCCACCGCCGGCCGCUCCACGAAUGGCAACUGGAGCUGGAUAAAUUGCGGUCGACUACUAACAGAUCCCAUGCUUCUGACCACAAUCUCCAUCUCCCCCGACCCGCCGGUAGUGGGUCAAAAUGCCGCGAUGGGCAUCAAGAUCAACGUUAGAAAACCACUUGACGACACCCCUAUUCUCGCCAACUUCACCCUGUGGGAGCACAAGGGCGCGAAGCCCGUGUCGCUAGACGACGUCGAUUUGUGCGCCCUCAUCCGCAUGCACAACCCCGAUGUUCAAUGCCCACCGAAGAAGACGGGUGAGAUGGCGUUCGACAUCCCGAUGGAUAACUUCAAGAAGGAGUGGGGGUACUUUGGCUUCAACGUCCAUGCGGCGUAUGCAAACGGCACCGAGCUUGGUUGUGCCUCGAUCAAGUACGGCCAUGAAUGA